AUGGCAUUUAUAUAGCCAUGUCCUUGGUUAUUUAAUCUAGCCUCGUUUGAUUUGCAUCAUAAGGAAGGCUUAGAUAUUACUCUUAGCAAUUUGGCAUUGUUAGAAGAGGCUACUAAUAAGACAGAGGAAAAGCUACAGGAUCGUGUCAAUUUAGUGAAAUAAAGAAUUCAACAAUUAGCAGAGGUAUUAAUAAGUUCACUAUAAUAGCGCAUUAAUGUUUGCAAUGCUAAGUUGAGUCAUCUUCAGAAUUGUCCUUAGGCAAUCGUCUUUCAAUCCCCCAGCAAGUUUGUUAAGAAAUAUGAAUUUGAUCCUACAAAUAAGCAAUCCAUAUUUUCAGAAUGUUAUAAUAAACCAGUGAUACCAAUCUAUGAACCAUAUAAAUACAUAAGAUUGGCAAAUGAGUAGGGCUCUUAAGGGAAAGCACCAGACAAUAUUGACAGAGUAGCAACCAUUCAAAUGGCAUAUGGAAGAUUUACAUAGAAAGGGAAAACUAUUUUUGAAGGAGAAAGAGCUUUGUCAAAAAGAUAAAUAUAAGGUUAUGGCACUGUUCCAAGAAAACUGAAAAACGUAGACAGUUUACUAGUUUUUAACCAAUUGAUCAAUCCAUACACUCAUCAUACUUUUGAUGCUCGUGAAGUGUUCCCUGAACCAGCAAAGCAAGAGAAUAAAAGGAAGAAACAAUAAGAGGAGGAAGAAUAAGUAGCAAUGGCAGAUGCACCAAAUACUAUAGGAGAAACAAUUACAAAAUACGGAGAGGAAUCAUACUCUUAUGUUCCAUCUAACAAACCUAUAGCUUAAUUAAAGGUGGAUGCAAAACUUAAUUUGGCAGGAAUUGUUGAUUAUGACCCAGAUAAUGAUGACAUAGACUUUUUUAAUCCAUCUACAUAAUAAAGAAAUAAAAAGCCAGUGGCUCCUAGCAUUACUCCUUCAUAGGCACCUCCUUAGCUUUAAUAAACAUAGCCAUAGCCAUAAUAAUAGUAAUAAUAAUAGUAAUAAUAAUACUAACCUUAAUAAUAACAAUAAUAUUAACAACCAUAACAAUAAUAAAUAUAAUAACCUCCUCCCUAAUAAUAAUAGAAUAAAAGUGCACCUCCUCCACCACCACCUCCUCCCCCUCCUCCUCCAAAAGGUGCUCCACCUCCUCCACCUCCUCCUCCUCCUCCUCCACCUCCUCCUGGCCCUCCUCCUCCUGGAUAAUUGCCACCUCCCCCAGCUGGAGCUAGAGCCAAGUUACUUGAUGACCUAAAUACAGAUAACCCGUUAGCUAGAUUGAAACCAGUUAACAAAAACAAAGCACCAGCAGAUCAACCAAAACCAUAAAGUAAGGCUCCUGAAAUGAAUCAUAUGGAUAUCUUAAAAUAACAAAUUGCUUAAAGAUAUCAGGAUUUGAAUAGACAACCCACUAGAACAACUAAAACAAUGAGAACAUAAAUCAUUGGAUAGAGAAUGGAUGAUAGCGAUUAUUCUGAGCAUAGCGAUUGA